UGGCUACACGAGUAACGCAAUAGAUAUCAGAAUGCCAGGAUCGUGUAACCAAAGACCUUUGAUACCCCACCAAACCUGGUGUCAGUCAAGCAAUAGUCAUUAGUAAAUUCCAAUUUCAAAUUCGUUAAAAAAUAAAUACUAUUCUAAUUUCGAAUUUUGUCGUUGAAUACAUUAAUCGAUAUAAAAUACAUCGAUCAAAUAUAUUGCGUUAAGCCUGGCAUGCUGAAGUGAUUAUAUUGGAUUAAUACUUUUUGGGGGUUAUUGUCACAAUGAAGCAGGACUCGGAGGCGCCCCGCGUGCAGGAGGAGAUCCCCCACGACCACUUAUACAAGGUGACGGGCCUGUCGUCUUCAAAUUUGGAAAAAUUAGCUCAAGCAUCAGGUCCUGAGCCGGCAGACUUCGAAGAGGCGAUCGCAGCGACAGGCUACGGCCGGUUCAACAUCUGCCUCAUCAUAUAUUCCAUGCCAGCGUUCUGGAGCGCGGUGUCGGUCACCAGCGCUGUCUCCUACGUGUACCCCAGGGCACAAUGUGACAUGAACCUCAGCCUGCUGAACAUGGGCACGGUCACCGCCAUGACUUAUGGAGGCAUGAUAUCGUCAGCGAUGGUGUGGGGCUUCCUGUCCGACACUUUAGGCAGGAAGAAGAUCAUGAUCUGGGGUUUCAUCGCGUCUGGGCUGGUAGAGAUCACUGCCGCCUUCAGCCAAAACUACGCUAUGUUGCUCGUAACUAGAUUCGCCAGCGGAUUUCUAUUCAACGGUCCGUUUGCAGUGCUCAUAUCGUAUCUAGCAGAGCUGCACAGAACUGAACUUCGAGCCAGGAUAAUCCUGUUAACUGGCCUCUACUACACCCUGGCGAACACCACGCUGCCGCUGCUGGCAUGGGCGAUGCUCAACAAUGACUGGGACCUCGCGUUGUGGCCUGGAGUUAUAGAAAUUCAUUCUUGGAACCUAUUUCUCACAGCCACUGGGCUUGUACCGUUUGUAAGUGGACUAUUGUUCAUGUUGCUACCAGAGAGCCCGAAAUUCCUGAUGUCCAGGGGCAGAAACGAGGAAGCGAUGACCGUCUUCCGUAGGAUAUACGCCUUAAAUACUGGAAAAGAUCCGGCGGAUUUCCCAGUCAAGGUCCUAGUGGAGGAGAGCCGAAACGAGAAGAUGCGUGGAAUGGCGGCGCUGCGCGGCGGCGGGGCGCAGCUGGCGCCGCUCUUCAAGCCGCCGCACCUCAAGUGGCUCGUGCUGCUGUGCAUGGUGCACUUCGGCGCUAUGCUCGGGUCGAACACCAUACGCUUGUGGUACCCGCAACUAGCAGCUAUGAUCGGCUCCGACGAAUCAGACAACCUGUGCUCUGCGAUCGCUCCGAGUCCAUCCCCAGCCCCAAUGCUGACGUCGGACGUGACUCCCGCUUGCGAGCCGAUACACACGGACAUGCUCACGUACCUGCAAAGCGCCGCCGUCGGCAUCGGCUCCGUUCUCACCUACACCAUCGGCGGGGUGGUCAUCAACAGAUGCGGGAAAAAGCUGGUGGCUGGAAUAUGCAGUAUCGCCAGCGCCGCAAUAAUCAUCAUUUUACCAUUCUUCGGGGUGAGCUCGCUGGCCGUGGUGCUAAUGGUGACCGCUGCUCUCGCCCUCACCGCUCUCAGCAGCUCUUCACUCUCCAGCAUCUGUGUUGAUCUGUUUCCGACGUCUCUCAGGGUGAUGGCAAUGGCGACAUUCUUCAUGUGCGGCCGCGUCGGCACCGUGAUCGGCACGAUCGUCUUCCCCGCCCUUAUCAGUUACGGUUGUAUUCCGCCUUUCGCCACCAUCGCUGCAGUAUUAGCUGUGUGCGGCGUUGCCAGUUUCCUUGUACCAAACACGACUCUGAAGAAAUUAGAAUAGUAUUUAUUCAUAUUUUUUGUAAAUAGUAUGUGAUAUCAAGAAAUAUUUAGGAUAAUUUUUAAUCAAAAUUUUAAGAAAGAAAAACACAAAAUCAAGUUUUCUAAGUAUAGGUAUAAUAGAUCUUGUUCCAAAAUGUCACCAAAGGCUGACUUAUCAUUCUUUGGAAUCCGCUAUAAAGUCGAGGAUGGUGUAUCAUUGCGCUAAGGAUAAGCCAUUUAAUUAAGUUCCACGCGACGCCAUUUUUAAGUGUGUGCUCUACUUUUUAGUUUAUAGAGUCGUGAAUUUGUUAUUGAUGUGUAUAGGGUAUAAAUGAAACGUGUUGUAUUAAAAAUAUUUCUCUUUGUUUA